AUGGCAGAAGGCUCAACGAGGACUGCGGAGACAGCCGGGGCACCCUCACCAGCAGUGCAGGCCACUCCCAGACGGCUCUAUCCUCUCACGAGCUUCGAAUCCACACCCGCCAAUGUCUCUGCGUUCAGCUUCGUGCUCGGUCUGAUCUUCACCUAUGGCCUCGUCACGCUUUGCUCGACGCCCGCGAUCGAUUCCGACCAUGUUUCUCGGUGGUCACAGGUUUUAGCGAGCAGACAGCUCGGUGCAUACCUAGCAGCAUGGAGUGCCUUUCAUAUGCUCGAGUUUCAGACGACAGCAAUCUACAAUAGCGGCCUGUGUAGCGUCUCCUCGUUCUUGCUCAACAAUGGAGCGGCGUACCACAUCGCUCAUCUGGCUGGGCUUGCCGAGCAUGUACUAGAGACGCUCCUGCUUCCCCACGGCCUCUUGGAAUGGAAGAGAAGCAUGAUCAUCGUCAUAUUUGGCGGAGCUGUCGUCCUGAUCAGUCAGUUUGCCCGUAGCUGUGCGAUGAUUCAGGCAGCUAGCAAUUUCAGUCACGCGGUGGCGAGAUCGAAGCGCGACGGUCACGUCCUGGUCUCGCACGGCAUCUAUGCAUACUCGCGACAUCCGAGCUAUGCUGCAUUCUUCUACUGGGCUGUCGGGACCCAGAUCCUGCUGGGCAAUCCCAUUGCAGCAGUCGCAUUCGCCAUCACGCUCUACCGAUUUUUUGCGAUGCGAAUCAUCGGCGAAGAGAAGCAUCUGGUCGAGUUCUUCGGACAGCAGUACGUCGACUAUCGCGCUCGGGUGCCUACCCUGUUGCCGUUCCUGCCGUAG